AUGCUUCCCACCGACACAGACAAAGCGGUUGAUCUUGCAGAACUUGUCAUCUAUAGCCUUCUUACCAUUCCUGCACUAUAUUGUCUAGCCCGUCAUGGAAAGCAAGGCCUACUAGGCUGGCUUUACGUCUUUAUCUACUGCACAAUCCGCCUGAUCGCAGCUGGCCUUAAAUACAAAAGCGAUCGAGACCACGAAGUAUCCACAGGGAUCCUGAUUGUUGAUAACAUCGGGUUAUCGCCUCUGUUGCUUGGGGCUUCUGGUAUUCUCCAUGAAGCUCGAUACGCUCGUCGCUCCAUCAAAAACAACAAGAUCGAAUGGCUCGCCGUGUUGCAAUACCACAUGCUUGUCUCAGCAGGCCUAGCCCUCAUCGCUGUCUCUGUAUCAGACCUCAUCAAACCCAAUUUGUCCAACUCAGGAACAGGGCUUCUCAAAGGAGGGUUCGCGAUCCUUUUUAUUAGCUGGGCGCUUCUUACGUUAGCUACAUUGUUCUCCCUGAAGCGUCCGGCUUCAUACCGCCAAUUGACAAAGGAUGUGUCAUUCCGCGAUGGAACUCUGUUGCUCCACGCCGUGCUCUUUUCUCUACCCAUGGCUCUCUUGAAAGCAAUCUACGGAGCCAUCAAUCUAUGCGGCCCGGGAAACUCCAUCGGGACCUCUGCUUUCUCAUCCAAAGUCCCCGCCGAUAUCUGCAUGAGCUUGAUCCCACCGAUGCUGGCAACCAUAGUCUUGGUUGUUAUCGGACUAAUGACACCACGUUCGCAAGCUACAACUGGACAUCAGACCAUAUGA